CCCAAACCCCAAACAUACCCUCGCAAGUCCUCACAAGGGCCAAAAGACGUCGUCUUCUACCGUCCUCCAUUGCGUUACGUUUUCCCUGCCUUCUUCUCGUCCGCCGUCUCUGCAAAAGUUUUCUCUAGUCUGUCUCCACUAUCAACGUUUGAAGCUGAACCAACGCCGUGGCGGGAAGAGGAUAUUCGAUUUUAGCCGUCGGUGCCCUCUGCCGCCAUUAGUUCAGUUUCCUGCCAAGAUGGCUGAGGGGGAGGGGCUACACAAUGACACUCUUGAAGGGGUCAAGCCUUCCACUGAUCUGGAUAUUUCUGAUGAGUUAGAUCUGAAAAUAAAGAAGUAUCUGAGAGGAGAAGGUGCGAAUUUGGAGGUUUUGAAAGACAAAAAACUGAAGGGUCUACUUUCUGUUAGAGAAGAGUUAUAUAGUAAAUCUGCUAAAGUUGCUGCCAAGGCGGAUAAGUGGCUUGUGCCCAGUGAGGGAGGUUAUCUAGAGGCUGAAGGCAUAGAGAAGACAUGGAGGAUCAAACAAGAGGCAAUAGCUAAAGACGUAGAUAUCUUAAGCUCAAGAAACCAAUAUGAUAUUAUUUUACCAGAACUUGGUCCAUACACUUUGCAAUUUACUUCAAGUGGCCGGCAUAUGGCUGUUGGAGGGCGUAAGGGUCAUUUGGGAAUUGUGGACUUGAUGAAUAUGAGCCUAAUCAGAGAGUUUCAGGUUAGAGAAACAGUCCGUGAUGUGACAUUCUUACAUAAUGAGCUGUUUUUUGCUGCUGCGCAGAAAAAGUACCCUUACAUCUAUAACCGUGAUGGCACUGAGCUUCAUUGCCUUGAGGAACAUGGUGCUGUGUUAAGGCUUCAGUUUCUAAAAAACCACUUCCUCCUGGCUUCAAUAAACAAGUUUGGGCAGCUGCAUUAUCAGGAUGUUACGAUGGGUGCAAUGGUUGGAAAUAUUCGGACUGGUUUAGGUCGUACUGAUGUGAUGCAAGUGAACCCCUUCAACGGGGUUGUUGCUUUGGGUCAUUCAAGCGGUACAGUCACAAUGUGGAAGCCAGCAAGCUCAGCUCCUCUUGUCAAGAUGUUGUGUCAUCAUGGUCCUCUCUCAGCUCUGGCAUUUCACUCAAAUGGCCACUUAAUGGCCACAGCUGGAAAGGACAAAAAAAUAAAGCUUUGGGACUUGAGGAAAUUUGAGGUUCUCCAGACACUACAUGGCCAUGCCAACACCUUGGAUUUUAGUCAAAAAGGAUUACUUGCAUGUGGUACUGGAUCUUUUAUACAGGUUCUGGGUGAUCUUUCUGGUUCUCAGAAUUACUCUAGGUAUAUGACUCAUUCCAUGGUUAAAGGUUACCAAAUAGCAAAGUUAAUGUUUCGACCAUAUGAAGAUGUUCUAGGCAUAGGGCAUUCCAUGGGUUGGUCCAGCAUUCUUAUUCCAGGAUCAGGAGAACCUAACUUUGAUACGUGGGUGGCCAAUCCAUUUGAAACAUCUAAACAGAGGAGAGAGAAAGAAGUUCGCUCACUUCUGGAUAAGCUGCCGCCUGAGACGAUCAUGCUGGACCCAAGCAAAAUUGGUACAGUAAAGCCCACAAAGAAAGAGAAGCUGACAAAGGAUAUGGGGGCAGAGAUGGAAGCUGCUGUUGAAGCUGCCAAGGACAUUAAAAUGAAGAAAAAAACUAAAGGAAGAAGUAAACCAAGCAAGAUGGUGAAGAAGAAGAAGGAAGCAAUUGAGAAAGUGAAAAGGCCUUUCUUGGAAGAAAAAAUUAAGGAGGAAGCAAUUUCCAGAAAGAAACAAAAAAUCGACGAGGAAGGUAGUUUACCAAAAUCUUUAAAGAGGUUUGCUGGUAGAAAACCAGCGACAUGAUCGUAAAUCCUAGAUCUUUAUUUUAUUCAUAUCUGAAAAAUUUGUUUUUGCAUUGUGAUUUCUGGCCUUUCAUUAGGUGUUUGUCGCCAAAUUUCGUUCAUUUAUGUUUCGUUUCGACAAGAGGAUUGUAAUUUAAAGAGUAACAGGAGAAAAGGCCAAAAAAAUCAAAUUCAGGAGAACAUUGAUUAGUCAUCAAAUUUCAAAAUUUGAGUUUAUAAA